AUGCGAGAAUUAAAUUCAAAGGUCGGAGGACAUGCCCUACUCGGCCUCAGACCAUAUAACCCACCACUAACAUCCAAACAAACAAACAUUUUCCUCAUUCUCUUAAGUCUCAAUCAUAUGUUGCCAAUGACAUCGUCCCAAGCGACAAUUAUAUAUGAUGUAUGGGCUUUUCAUUCUAUCCUUGCAGACACCGGAAUUUCACAAGCUGGAGUGAUUUUGAUUCACGAGGGCGGCAAGUCAGUGGAAAAUGAUUAUCAUCUUUGUGCCUAUCAUACAUCUCGGGACCUUUCAAGAUGGCGCACUUCCUACAAGCAAUCACUACAAUGUUCACUAGGUGGAAAUAUGACCUAUAAAGGUAAAGUUUUCGGAGACGAUGUGGUACCGUUUGACUCGAUUUGUCGGAGUGUGGAGCCAAUAGCGAGAAACCUGGGUGUGCCAUUGAAUAGCGCCGCUGACUGGAUUGAAACAUGGGAGGACUAUAUGAGUCGUGCAAACAUCGCGCACAUUCUUUUCGACAGACCUGAAAAGCUCCCUAUUGAGGUUAUCAGUCCUGACUCUUACUCACAACCGCGGAAUGAUCAUCCGUCUUUGUAUUCUUUUGAAUCCGUUGAUUGGAACAACAUGUCAUAUAAGCCACAAAGAAAUGAUGUGCCAGACCAGAAAAAUUAUCGAAAAUCUCAGGGUUCUAGCAUGGAACCACAUCAUAAGUAUUCUGCCCGUCAGCAAUAUGUAUCCAGAGAUUUAGAAUCUUCUGACGAUGGUCUGGACUACCCUGGGGAAGAGGAGGAAUUUCAUGAAUCCCGAUCAGCAAGACAUUCUCGCUUACCUAGAGGGCACAGACAAGUCGACGAGCCAAGUGGAAAGCCUGAAAACAAGAAGUUGAAGUAUGCAGGCAUGAUUGCUGAAACGGUGACAGCUAAUGCCAUUGGAGAUGUGUUUGGGUUGAUAUUCGAGUCUGUUAUUGGGGCUAUUUUGUAG